AUGAUCUUUGGUGAUUUAGUAUGCUGCGUGCACUUUGUGGUUCUGUUUCAAAGCUGCACCGGUGCUGCAUUGGCGGCGGCGGCGGCGGCGGCGGACUCACCGUCGGUGGAUGCCCACGUGGGAACGGUCGGGCCGUGGAUCGUGGCGUCAGCGCAGGUUCGACAAGCGGGACCCGGGCUGGCCCCGAACAACCGAACAGCCGGUCGGUACACGAACUCGCAGCCGGGAGAGCUGAACGAGUACUGCAGGACGUCCCAGGACUGCCGACAGCACGCCCAUGACUGCGACGGUCGCAAGCAAACCUGCACCUGUGCCGAAGGAUAUCGGCCGGACGAGACGAACCGGGUCUGCCUCGGGGCCGUCGGGCGUCGCUGUCUGUACGAUAGCCACUGCAUCACGAACGCGUACUGCAAGGGACAAAUGAUUUGUACGUGCAAACGUGAGUACGGAUUCCUCGCCGACGAUAACUGGUCAUGUCAAGCAUCGUCCGGCAAAGCAUCCCCACGGAUCGGCACGUCUCGGAUUGGAGGCUUUUACGAGCUGCGUCGUUUGCUGCCACUUCUAGUGGCCAGUGGUUCGCUGUGGACGAUUUGCAAGCGGCACACGUGA